AUAAUAUUUUCAUAGAAAACUUCUUUAGAAUUUAUUAAGUUAAUUUUUUGUUUAUCUUAUUAAGCAUUUUAUCAAAUUUUUACUUUCAUGUUUAUAUAUACAUAAUAUUUAUCAGAAAAAUCAUGUUCAUCUCCUAAUUUUUUCCAUUUAAUGAAGAGUUACAUUAGUUUUUUACCUAUAAAUUAUUGAUAAUUGUUUUUGUCUAGUGAAAUUUUUAUUGUAGGAAUAGAUGAUAAAAAAGUAUUGAAAUAUGGAUUUAAAGAAAUUGUUUUUAUCCAGAUCACAUGAAGGAUAUGUGGGAAAAGAAAAUCAUGUAUACUUGUAUAGAGAGUGCUAUUGAAACCGAAGACGAGGAAGAAACUGAAUCAUCAGUUUAUACACAAUUUAUUAAACUAAUUAGAGUUAAUAAUAUGAAUGAUUGGGGUAGUAAUAUAAAGCUCACAAAAGGAAAAUCAUUUUCUGGUCUCACUCCUUCUAUGUGGCCAGAAGACAUACUUGAUAGCUAUAUACAACAUGAUAAUAAACUACCUUAUCAACCUCUUAAUCAACAAUGGUUUGAUGAAUUUGGAUUUCGUAAUGACAUUACUAAUGAAUAUUUAGAUGAUGAUGAAUAUGAAGAUUCUCACCAACGAACAUUAUGGAUCUCUUACUUGGAAUCAUACUAUAAAAAUAAAGUUAUAGAUAGUAAAAAUAACUCUUUAAAGCCUUAUACAAAUAAAUUAAGAUUUAUGGUUCGCCAAGGUAUUCCACAUUCAUUGAGGCCUCAAUUAUGGAUGAUUUUUUCUGGUGCCUUUUUAAAGAAACAAACUCAUUCCAUCUCCUAUAAAGAAAUAGUCCGCUCAUCUAACAAUGAUACUUUAGUAUCUUCUAAACAAAUUGAAAAAGAUCUUUUGCGUACUAUGCCCAGUCACGUUUGUUUUAAUAAUUUUCGAAGCAUAGGUAUUCCCAGGUUAAGAAGAGUCUUGCGUUCAUUGGCAUGGUUGUAUCCUGAUAUUGGUUAUUGUCAAGGUACUAGUAUGAUUGUAGCCUCAUUGUUACUAAUCCUGGAAGAAGAAGAAUCAUUUUGGAUGAUGUGUACUAUUGUGGAAGAUUUACUACCAGCAAUGUAUUACACCACAUCGUUGAUAGGUGUAAAAGCUGAUCAACAAGUAUUAAAAACUGUACUUGGAAAUUAUUUACCUGAUGUAUGUGAACUUUUACAAUUACAUGACAUUGAGUUAAGUUUGAUAACAGUUAAUUGGUUUUUAACUUUAUUUUCAAAUGUGGUGAAUUUUAAAGUUUUAUUAAGAAUUUGGGAUUUAUUGUUUUAUGAAGGAUCCAUCAUACUGUUUCAAAUUACGAUUGGUCUUCUUAAAUCUAAAGAAACUAUUUUGAAAACUCUUGAUAACUCAGCAGAUAUUUUCAAUGCACUAUCUAAUAUUCCUGGUAAUAUUAAUAGUGUAAAAGAUCUUUUUUAUAUUUCUUUUGAACUAUGUCCAGAAAUGACUAAUGAAAGUAUUGAAACUUAUCGAAGGAGGUAUUUAGGAUAUUUAAUGGCUGAUGGAGGUGCAUUAAUACCAACUGUUGAGUCAUCAGUGAACUUGACUAAACAUCUCAAUAGAAGACAAGCUCAAAAGUCAAAAUCAUUAAUGCAAUCACUGUUAUUUGGAUAUGAUACUAUUGAAGAUACUAAUAAAUGUACUGUCAAAUGUAAAAAUAUUCGUCAAACUGAAUUUUUGAUUGAUCUAAGAGAGGCAAUCAUGCAAGUUGCUCGACAUUUUGUUAUAACUGAUACCAAACUGAGUAAUGUUUCUUUAAAACCAGAUUUUACUAAAGAAAGUCAUUCAAAGGAUUUAGAAGCAUUUGUUAAUGUAUCUCAAAAUAAAAAACGCAGAGCUAAAGCAUUAUUAGAUUUUGAACGACAUGAUGAUGAUGAGCUGGGUUUUAGAAAAAAUGAUAUUUUAACUAUAAUUUGUCGUAAAGAUGAACAUUGUUGGAUUGGAGAACUUAAUGGCCUUAAAGGAUGGUUUCCGGCCAAAUUUGUUGAGUUAUUAGAUGAAAGAAGUAAACAAUACAGUGUAGCUGGUGAUGAUUCUAUUUCUGAAAUAAUAACUGACCUUGUAAGAGGAUCUCUUUGUUCCGCAAUUAAACAAGUAUUAGAACAUGGGAUAAAACGACCAUAUUUUCUAGGUGGACCAUGUCAUCCAUGGUUAUUUAUCGAAGAAGUAGCAAUAACUGAAGUAGAAAGAGAUUACAGUUCUGUCUAUAGUAGAUUAAUGUUAUGCAAAACUUACAGACUAGAUGAAGAUGGUAAAGUUUUAACUCCCGAAGAAUUGUUAUAUAGAUGCAUUCAAAGUAUAAAUCAAAGUCAUGAUAUAACUGGCUGUCAAAUGGAUGUCAAACUGAGGAGUCUCAUAUGCCUUGGUCUUAAUGAACAAGCUUUACAUUUAUGGCUAGAAUUGUUAUGUUGUUCUGAUCAAAUUGUUAAAAAAUGGUAUCACCCUUGGAGUUUUAUGUAUAGUCCUGGAUGGGUACAAGUAAAAUGCGAACUUAGAGUUUUGUCUCAAUUUCCUUUCAAUCUAAAUCCAGAUUGGGAACUACCUCCCAAAAAGGAAAAUAAUGUAACAUUAAAAGCUGGUGUUAGAGACAUGCUUGUGAAACACCAUUUAUUUAGUUGGGACCUUUAACUUAUAUAAAAUUGUGAUGAUUAUAUUGACUUUAAAUAAAUUAUUUAACUUAAUAUUAAAAUACGGAAUUUGUUAUUGCUUCAA